AUGUCUUUUGUUUCAUUCGUAAAAAACAUCCCGUUAAUUGUGGUGACUACGGCCCUGUUGAUCAACUUCUACGGCCACGAAUGCGAUUGUAGCCUGACUACCAAAGUGGCUGAAUAUCUUGGCUUCCCUCACCUGAACAAGGAGCAGCUAUUUGCACUUCUAUUCGCCAAGGCAGCCCUGCUCCUGAUGUUCUGCAACUAUUUUGCAUUCAAAAUAGCCAAGAGAUUCCUGAUAGAAAACCUGUUUGUGAUUGGAACACUCUACUGGCUAAGCAAAAUACUCGAAUUCCGAUUUGGAAGCCUCUCUACGCUCUUCUGCCUGGGGCUGUUUUCCCUGAUCACGGCCACCUUCAUGGAGAAGUGCAAGAUGAUCAAAAGUGGGCUGUUUACGGUGUUCGUGAUCACAAACACCUUCAUCUUCCUGGUGCUCUCUGUUCCAAACUUCGAGAUGCUUCUGACAUUCACAAAACACCAGAUUGGCCUGAACUAA